ACUACGCCCGUGGAGAAGCAGCAACACCGUCUGUGGAUCGGUUCGUUUUGCAGCCUAGGUGUAUAGCAGGCUUUAUUUCACGUCCAAACGCAGGUGAUGGAAUGUCGCCCCCGUGAAAAGGUCAAUAUGUCUACAAAAGGACAUCUACAGACCACCCCGCUAAUCACCCUGCUGCACGACACCCUGAGACCCCCCUCAGACCCCUGGCCAAUCGCUGCCAUGGACACUGAGUCUAUCCAGUCUGGCUACUCCAGCCACUCCAACAGAUCCAACAGACAUGGGGAGCAGAGUCGGCGUGAGCAUCGUAAGCUUAGCAGUAAGGACAGUAGCCGGUCGGAGAGGUCUGUCAUCAACACCCCCGACGGGCUCACUCAGGCCUCCCCCACCCACAACAAUGAGCCCCUGCUGAAAGACCCCAUCUCCGUGACUGUAGACGAGGCUCCGAGCCUCCAGGAUGAUAACUGGGGGGAGACCACCACGGCGGUGACCGGCACCUCAGACCUCAGUCUAUCCCAGGAGGAGGUCGUUGGUCUGUGGAAGGUACCGGACGACGGCCAGAGGCAGGGCUGUCGGCUCUACACUCCCCUGAUUCUGGGCAUCUGUGUGGGGCUAGUGGUCCUGGCCACCCCCCUGGCCUUCCUGGUCCUCCCGGCAGUGUUGUGGCCAGCCAGGCUGCAGGCCUGUGGCUCUGCCUGUGAGGGCCUCUUCCUCUCUGUGUCCUGUAAACUCCUCAUUCUCCUGCUUGCUGUAUGGGCUAUCUUCCUGCGCCAGGCCAGUGCUAACCUGCCCAGAGUGUGUGUGUAUCGAGCCCUCCUGGCCACGCUCACGCUGCUGCUCACACUCUCCUACUGGCUGUUCUAUGGGGUCCGCAUCCUCGACUCACAGGAUGAGGACUACCAGGGUAUCGUCCAGUUUGCUGUGUCUCUGGUGGACUCUCUGCUGUUUGUCCACUACCUGGCCAUCGUGCUGCUGGAGAUCAGACAGAUCCAGCCCUGCUACAGCCUGUGUGUUAUACGCUCCACUGACGGGGAGACAAGCUGCUAUAACCUGGGACAGCUCAGUAUUCAGAGGGCAGCUCUGUCUCUGCUAGAGUUCUACUACAGAGACUUUCCUCUUCAUAACCCCGCCCUUCUCUCCGCCUCCAAGCACCGUGCCGCCAAGCACCUGGCUGGCCUCAAGGUCUACUCCGUGGAUGGCCCAGGGAACCCGGCGGAGCCGGCAGAUGGGUCGGGGGGACUGGCGGUGGGGGGCAAGUCUCGGACCAUGAUCUCUGCAGCAGCCAGGCACAAAAACACAUCUCAUAACGAGCUAUACUACGAAGAGGCAGACUAUGACAGACGGGUCUGCAAACGCAGAGCCAGGCUAGUGGUGGCUGUAGAGGAGGCCUUCAUGCAUGUGAGGAGGAUGCAUCAGGAGGAGCAGAAAGUGUCCCCCGGGGAUGUGAUGGAUGUACGGGAGGCCGCCUCGGCCAUCUUCCCCUCCAUGGCCCGCUCCCUACAGAAAUACCUCCGAACCACCAGGAGGCAGCACUGCCACAGCAUGGACAGCAUCCAGAGACACCUGGCCUUCUGCCUCACACACAACUUGAGCCCCAAGGCAUUCCUGGAGGCCUACCUGUCCCCUGGUCCUACGCUGCAGUACGGUCAAGAGCGCUGGAUGGCCGAUCAGUGGACUUUGGUCAGCGAGGCUGCAGUCACCAGCGGUCUAAAGGAGGGCAUGGUCUUCUCCCUUAGGUGUCUAGACUUCAGCCUCGUGGUCACGGUCAAGUCCAUCCCCUACAUUCGAAUGACCGAGGAGUACGUUGACCCCAAGUCACACAAGUUUACCCUGUGUCUCCAAUCUGAAACAUCAGUCUAACAGACACGGAAAACUGUGGCUAUUCUAGAAUUACAGUAUCUUACCAUUUUGGUAUGUUUUUUGUGUUAUGUUUCUUAAAGCCUUUUCUACUUUGAUAUGCUCUUAUUGUGGUAUUUUGUCUCUUAAAUUAUUUAAAUUACUGUUUUUUCUAAAGAUUGUUUUGGCUGCUUUGCAAUUUUUUUAUUUUUUUAUUGUAUGUGUUUUUAUGAACAGAUGCACAUGGGAUAUUGCAAGAGGAAGUGUUAGCAUAGUUAAUAAACCCUAUGGAUCCCCAGCAUAUAGCUCCUUUCCAGUGAAGAUGAGAGAGAUAGUAAGAGAUGGGCAAUAUGCUUCUAUUGUCCUAAGGCAAACUGGAACACUGAAUUAUGUCAAGGUUUUUUCUAUGCACUGUAGAUGAUCCCUGCAACAUUUUUGUUCUGUGUGUGUGUGUGUGUGUGUGUGUGUGUGUGUGUGUGUGUGUGUGUGUGUGUGUGUGUGUGUGUGUGUGUGUGUGUGUGUGUGUGUGUGUGUGUGUGUGUGUGUGUGUGUGUGUGUGUGUGUGUGUGUGUGUGUGUGUGUGUGUGUGUGUGUGUGUGUGUGUGUGUGUGUACAUGCUGCAUCUACACACAAUCUGGCUCUACAUGUACCUGUCUCUGGAUCCUCCCUAGGGUUGCUAUAGCAACAGUGAGUAUUUUCAUAUCGUCUGCCCUACUAAUAUGAAUGAAAUACUACCUAAUCACCAACAGUUCAGGUUCAGUUGUCUCAAAGUAAAGACUGCUUGUCUUUACCGCCAAUGGUUUCUACAUGUGUUUGUAUUUAUUUAAACGUGUGGGUUAUUUCCAUUUAAUUGAUACGUAUCUUACUUGUCUGACUGCCCACAGUUAUGUUCAGUCAUUGUACUACCCAGGAUUCAUAGACAUAUCUGUAAGAGGUUGUCAGAAUCUGUUGUACUCAAACCCAAAGCGGGCUAUCGCUAGAUACUGUCCUCUAACCAUAAACUCACAGUUGAGAAAACAAACAGGGUGGGAGGGAGAGAGAGCAUUUAUACAGACAUAUUCUAUACUUUUGGCAUGUAAUGAGAAGACAUAUGCAAUAGAUUUGUGUCUUAUCUCCAGAUGAAAUAAAUCUAUUAUUACAUUUCUACAGAACCUAACCCUUAAAGUGAAACAGGUUGAGGCUCAAGUUUUUCCAUCUUCAGAUAUAAGAGAAAACAAGUAGCUGUGGUAAUGUAUUUUGUUCCAGACAUGACUGAUCUGAUACCACUAAUCAAUAUCCCAUUUUUAUUGGUCACAUACACAUAUUUAGAAGAUGUUAUAGCGGGUGUCGUGAAAUGCUUGUCUAUCUCCAGGACUGCAUGCACAUAAGUACAUGUCCUGGAACUGAUUCCAAUAGGCCCAGGUGAUACAUUUCUAUUUGCCUUUUUUUUCAACAUUUGGAUAUUGGACAUGGUAUAUUCCUCAGUAUUGAUGUGCAGACAACAGUCUCCUCAUAGUGAGGGAUCUCUACAUUCACAACAGAAGCUGUAGUGCCAUCUAGCCACAACUAGUAGUACUACCACUGCUAUGGGAUUUUUAUACUAAUCUGUGGAUAGUAUUUAUUUUUAUAUUGAAUUGUUUUCAUCCAAAUCUUCCCUAUUACAUGUGCUUAUUUUUCAAGACGAUGAUACUUCAAUUGUUAGCAAUUGUAUUAUCAUUGUUGUCACUAAAAAGUUAAAUGUUGAGGAUUUUAUAGUGUUGAAAUCAUGGUUGUGAAUUUUGUUUGAAUACUGUUCGAAUUCAUCCUUUAUUCCUUGUUUUCUUGAGGUAAUCUCAAAUCAUAAGUGUUGGAUAGAUCAAAGCAAGAUUGCCUACCAAUGCUUUCCCUCAUACAACCAAUUCAGAUAUGUAACUACUUCAAGGAAGGGAGAAAGGAAGUAUUGGAAUGGGGCCUUUGUCUCCUGUUAUGUAUCCUUCACUACAAAGGUGCCUAUGUUUUGAAACACAUAUGAUGUAUGCUCAACUUGUUUGUGUUAUUGUAUGCAAUCAUUUUCGUCCAAUAGAGUGUGUCUGUCUGUCUGUCUGUCUGUCUGUCUGUCUGUCUGUCUGUCUGUCUGUCUGUCUGUCUGUCUGUCUGUCUGUCUGUCUGUCUGUCUGUCUGUCUGUCUGUCUGUCUGUCUGUCUGUCU